GAGUGGGGCGGGAUGGGGGCGGGACCGGGCAGACCGCGCCGCGUCGGGAGGCAACUGAGAGGCCGGGGACAGGCGUAGGAGGAUGGAGGGUGGCGAGCGGCUCCUCCCCAAAGGUUUCCCCAAGCUGAAGAACGACACGUUCCUGCGUGCGGCGCGUGGGGAGGAGACGGAGCACACCCCGGUGUGGUGCAUGCGGCAGGCCGGGCGGUACCUGCCAGAGUUUUUGGAGACACGGGCCUCACAGGAUUUCUUUGCCACUUGCCGGAGCCCCAAAUUGUGCUGUGAGCUGACACUGCAGCCACUAAGACGAUUCCCCCUGGAUGCUGCCAUCAUCUUCUCUGACAUCUUGGUGGUGCCCCAGGCACUGGGCAUGGAGGUUGUUAUGGUCCCUGGUAAAGGACCCACAUUCACAGAGCCUCUGAAGGAGGUGGAGGAUCUGCUGAAACUGCGACAGAAGGUGGAUGUCACCGCAGAGUUAGGUUACGUCUUCCAGGCCAUCACACUGACACGACACAGCCUGGAGGGCAAGGUGCCCCUCAUCGGCUUCUCAGGGGCACCGUGGACACUCAUGUCCUACAUGAUUGAAGGCGGUGGCUCCACUACAAUGGCCAAGGCCAAGAGCUGGCUCUACCGUCACCCUGAGGCAAGCCACCGGCUGCUACGGCUGCUGGCCGACGUCAUCAUUGACUACCUGGUGGGGCAGGUGGCUGCUGGAGCACAGGCGCUUCAGCUGUUUGAGUCCCAUGCAGGGCACCUGGGCCCAGAGCUGUUUCAGGACUUCGCCCUGCCUUACAUCCGAGACAUUGCCCAGGCUGUCAAAAGCAAGCUGAAGGAGGAGGCACUGCCCCUGGUGCCCAUGAUCAUCUUUGCCAAGGAUGCGCACUACGCCCUGCGCGACCUGGCCCAUGCAGGUUAUGAGGUUGUUGGUCUCGACUGGACCAUCCGGCCCCAGGAAGCUCGUGCACAGGUAGGAAAAGAAGUCACCCUGCAAGGGAACCUGGAUCCGUGUGCUCUCUAUGCACCCAAGGAGAAGAUUGGCGAGCUGGUGAAGAAGAUGCUGGAGAGUUUUGGGACCCAACGCUAUAUUGCCAACCUGGGCCAUGGCCUCUACCCUGACAUGAACCCUGAACACGUGGGUGCCUUUGUGGAAGCCGUGCAUGCUCAUUCCCGUCAUAUCAACAAGCACAGCUGAGCCUGGGCCCUGGGGACAGGACUCUGGUUUGGGCACAGUCACCCAUGUUGUCAGGGGGCUCACUCUAGGCUGGGCUGCAGCAUUAAACCAGGACCUUCUCUGCAGCAGCCGUGUGACUCUGGCUGGGGGAUGGGGAACUGGACAGCCCUGAAGGAGUUGGGAAGUCAUGGCAGGCUGCUAGAGGAGCAUGUGCAGUGAGGGGGAGUCCCUGAGCCCUAUCCUGCAGGUCAAAAUGGGGAAACAGGGAUGGCAGAAAAUUGUGGAGGGUGCCUCUCCCUGCCAGGCUGCAGAGGAUGUGAGCCCAGGUUACAACAGCCAUCUGAGGAUGGCUGUGCUUAGCCCUGCUAGGGAAGGUGAGCUGCCUGAGGCUGGCAGAGUCACAGCCUGGGAGCUUGGGGCUCACAGCCCACCACUGGCAGAUUCAGCAUUAGCUGUCCCACAGUGCUGCUCAGGUUGGAAUGGGCAAUGUGUCCUCAAACCAGAGUAGUCUCAAGGGGCUGGGAGACACAGCGGGACUCACCUGGGAGACAGCUGGCAAAGUGGCAGGAGAACCUCUGACACAGCGCCACCAGCACCCUGCCACACUGGCUGGGAUGGCAGCAGAGGCACCCUGGCCUUCCUCCUCCAGCUCCUAAAGCCUCUUUAGGUCCUAGAGUGUUCUCACAUGUACACCUCCCAUCUCCUCUGAUCCUCGGGGCCAAGCUUGCCUGGGCUCAGCAAACCCUGCAAAAAGCAGCCCAGAAACCUUGAGUUACAGCUCCUUGCCACCCCAUCCCACACUGCAGCACACUCACUGUGGUCCAGGUUGGCAGCAGGAUGGAUUUAGACAUGGGCAGAAAUGCUGUUCUAGCUGGCAUGGAUAGGGCAGUGUCUCCAUCAUGGGCAAGGACCUGAUAACACUGUACAUAGCAGGGAAUUGCACAAAGAAGCAGCCAGGGUCCCUUGUCCCUGCUCUGUCCUCCUCCUUGGGGCACAGGAGCUGGCUAGCACAGGAGGCUGUGACUCUGCUCUGCACAAGUGUGGUGACCACCCCUGACUUCAGAGAAAGGCAGACACAAGUGAGAGACACAGGUGGUAAUGUUCAUCCCUUUUAUUAUUAAACAUCAGAUGAAGAGGUCGCACACACACAUACACGCACGCACGCAAAACAAAACAAAACAAAACAAAAAAAAGGGGGAAGGAAAAAAGAGAGAAACAGACUGGUUGAAGACUGCUAUUUUGGUGGCGACACAGACCGAGUACAAUUGGGUUCCUGGCCAGAGCGCAGACAUGAGUCACUUGCCAAAAAAUGAAACCAGACAGCAGAUAACUAGCGCACAUUCUCUAACUACAAGUCACCAUCCAGACUGGCCCUGGCCCCCCAGCCCUCCCAACCUGCUGGCAAAAUAACGAACCAAAACUGAAGAGCCACCGGCCCAGGGCUGGAGUGUGCCCCCAGUGCGGAGCGAGCCAGGAAGGGCCGAGCGUUGGCUGCACCAGGGAAUUGGGAACGGUGCUGGAAGGCGACGCAGCUGCCCCUCCCUCCCCUGGAGCCGGCAGCCCUGGUGCCCGCCCAGGCACUCCACCCUUCACCCACCCUGCGAUGGGCUGAGUCCUCCAUCGCCAGCAUCUGCAUGUGUCCGAGCAAGCAUCGUCCCGAGGUCCUUCCUUCACUAUCCUCCAGCGCCGGGCUGCUGCUCCUCCAUCCAUCUGUCUGUCCAUCCCAGGGCUGUGAGUUGAGUAGAUGUUCGCCUCCCCCCCACACCCUUCUUGCUGCUGACGAUGCCAUGGGAACCUGAGAAAUGUUCGCGUGCCUCCUCCUCUUUUUGUCUGUGGUUUUGUGUGGGUUUUUUAAAUAAUAGUUAUAAUAAUAAUAACAAUAAUAAUAAUAAUAGCAAUAAUAAAAAUAAUCGCCCCAGCCCACAACAAUUUCAAGUAUCCCCCAAAUAAAAGACAGAAUUAUAAAUAAUUAUAACUUUACAAUUUAAUAAUUGACACAUAUACUAUAGUAUUUACAGUAUCAUAAAUGCUUUUUUUUGUGUUACUUUUAGUAAGCAAUCCCUGAGAACAGUUACUUUUACUUGUUUUUAUUGAAGUAUCUUCACAAAUAGAGGAGUUUGCAUGUCUCGGGCGGGCGGGAGAAGCACUCU